AUUGUUUUCUUUCCCUCCAUGCAGGUGUUUGAUCCCCUCAGAGUGUCUGAGAUUGAGCUGCUGGAGAUGAAGUCCCAUGAUCCUUCCAUCAUGAGCCCUCAUUCCCCAAACAACGCUGUCCGUCUCAAGUGGAAGAGACUGACUCCGCAGAAGACCGGACUUGUGGUCAAAGAUGCGGUCUGUCUACCCAGAGGACACUACCUGACACAGCUGGAGAGACUCACUGUUCCACGAGGCAAAGAAUGGGCAACUCUUGCAGCCAUGGGAAUGACUGCUCGCAUCACCAUUGAUUAUGGGUGGUCGGCCAAUCAGAUGGAGAGUCGGCUGGCAGUGCUCUUCCGUGGGCAGUUUGCAAAACGGGCAGGACAAAGGUUCUCCUUCACAUAUCUACAGUGUGUGCCGGGCUCCAGGGUGCUGUUUGUCCCAGACACCCCUGCAGAAUGCUGGACUGGAGAGCAGGUCCUCAGAAUUUCUGGACAUGGUGCUUUGUACAUCCUCAGCCACCAAGACUACCCUCAGGCAGAACCUGAGAUGUUAGCAAGCGAGCCACCUGUGGUGAACAGGAAGGAGUUUUGUCUGGAAGCCAGCACAGAGAGAUGCCCCAACGAAGACAAUCAGCUGGGAAGACAGACCCGGCCAUGUGUUCCCAGCACCACAGAGGAGUUGACACUUGACCUGGACUCCAUCCUGAGACUGUUCAGACAGGAGAAUGUGGAUCGAGAUGUGGAGACCCACAUCCAGGUGAGGAGGAGAGACCUGCUCCAAAGCGCCAUGAAGGUGGUGAGGAGGCCGGGCUUCUGUUUCAGAUGGACACCCGUCAUCUCCUUCAGUGGAGAGGACACUGACAGCCAUGACGGACCUCUCAGAGAGUUCUUCAGAUUGACUUUGCUGGAGCUGCAGCAAAGUUCUGUGUUUGAGGGUCUUCCGGGACGUCUGUUCUUGACCUACGACCUCGCAGCUCUCGAAGACAGGAAGUAUUAUGAAGCAGGAGUUCUGAUUGGCUGGUCUCUGGCUCAGGGCGGGCCUGGACCUCAUUGUUUACACCCUGUGCUCUAUGAGUUGAUGUGUGGCCAAAAUCCAUCGUUGGAGGACUUCAGCUGGAGAGACAUUGUUGAUACUGAAGCACAGAUCCGACUGCAACAGCUGCAUUGUUGCACCAAUGUGAAGCUGCUUUCUCCCAGUCUAUGUGACUGGGUGUCAAGCUGUGGGAUCCCUGGAAUCCAUUCAGCCCAUUCUGACGAAAUACCAUCUAUCUGUAUUCGCCUGGUCAAACAUUACAUCUACCAUAGGGUGGCAAGUAUGAUCUCCCAGUUCACAGAAGGGUUGAACAGCUGUGGUGGAUUGUGGGAUACGAUACUGUCUCACUGGAAGGAGUUUCUGCCAGUGAUGACGAGCGCACAGCAGCAGCCUCUGACCCUGGAAGAGUUCAAACAGCUUUUCACUGUCUGCUACAGCCACCCAGACAGCCAGCUGCAGGCGGCUGAGGAAGCAACAGUUGGACACUGGGAAACAGUCCUCACUUUGAUCAGCGAUGGUCAGACAGAUUAUUCCUUUGAAGACCUCCUCGCCUUCAUCACUGGAGCUGAUCAUCUGCCUCCUCCUGGGUUCCCCAGAUUGAUCUCCCUGCGUUUUUACUCCCAGGAUGCUAGCAUGCCAGGUGUACGUCUGCCUCACACCUCCACCUGCGCUCUGGAGCUCUUCCUGCCGAGGGGAGUGGCAGGGGCUGCAGACCUGUCAGCGCUGCUGAGCAGAGCCAUACACGAGGCCCUCGGCUUUACACAUUUCCAGACACAGGGAGAUGGAGAGGACAGCUGCGUAGAUGUGAUGACAAAUUUAUAAGGUGGAUGCCCGACUGGAUACUAAACAUCCUGCUGAAGCUGACUUUUUGGAGCUCAAAAGUUUCCACAGUAUAUGAACAAUAUGACUGUCUUUUUGAUGUCUUACAGAAGCUAGUUCAGAUACUUCCUGCAUUGUGUGUCUCUGCUGAUACUUGUAUUUGAUAUUUUGAGAAAAUGUUUUAGAUAUAAUUAAUAGAAAUUUCAUAUUAAACUUGUUUUGUAUUUUCCCACAAUGUUUUAAGGCAGAACUCAAAUAAUGUAUAUUUAAUUCUAUUUGCUUUAAAAUCAAAUGCUGAAUUUCUUGUCAAAGGAUUUAUUAAAGAACACAAAAAGAACACAAAGACUGGGAGCUUUAA